CUUCUGCAUCGUUUUGGUCAACAGUCAAAGAUCCAUAAACAAAAACAAACCAAAAGAACCAAUUGAUGGGUCUAAUUUUUUUUCCUACAGAAGAGAACAAACAUGGAGGCUAGAGGGAUGAGUCAGCUUGUGAGCCGCACGAGGGGAUCCCAAAACCCUUUUCCUUACUCAUUCACUCAUGGCCAUACAAGGCUGGGUGUCGAUGACAGUCAA